GCAGCAGCCAGGCCUGGGCUGAUAAGAGCUCUGCAGCUAGCCCUCUCACACACCAGCCAGCCUGACAGAGUCGCCGGCACCAUGAAGGACGAGGUGGUUCUUCUGGCCGCUGUCACCCUCCUGGGAGUCCUGUUGCAAGCCUACUUCUCUCUGAAAGUGAUUUCGGCGCGUAGGACCUUCCGCGUGUCGCCACCGCUCACCACCGGCCCACCUGAGUUCGAACGCGUCUACCGAGCCCAAGUGAACUGCAGCGAGUACUUCCCGCUAUUCCUUGCCACGCUCUGGGUGGCCGGCAUCUUCUUCCACCAAGGUGCGGCGGCCCUGUGCGGCCUGGUCUACCUGUUUGCGCGCCUCCGCUACUUUCAGGGUUACUCGCAGUCGGCGCAGCAAAGGCUGGCCCCGCUGUACGCGAGCGCGCGCGUGCUCUGGCUGCUGGUGGCUCUGGCGGCCCUUGGGCUGCUCGCCCACUUCCUCCCGGCCGCGCUGCGCACUGCGCUCCUGGGAAGGCUCAGGACACUGCUGCCUGGGGCCUGAGACCGAGGACGCCGGGUCGGCGGAGCUGGAGAAGAGCCGGGGUCUCCUGGAGGACGCAAGAGGGUGCUCGCCCACCAUCCCAGUCUCUAAUAAAAGUGCCCGUG